GCACCAUUGUGUGGCUGACUCGGCCGCAGCUGCGGUGUGAGGCGCGUGUUCGGGCCCUCGCCGUCCCCGCACCCGCACCCGCACCCGCACCGCAGUCCGGCCCCCGCGGCCCGCCGCAGCUCAGCUAGCCUCCGGGAACCCACCCGCCACGGCCAUGCCGCGCGUCUACAUAGGACGCCUGAGCUACAACGUCCGCGAGAAGGACAUCCAGCGCUUUUUCAGCGGCUACGGCCGCCUCCUGGAAAUCGACCUCAAAAAUGGGUACGGUUUCGUGGAGUUCGAGGACUCCCGCGACGCCGACGACGCCGUUUACGAGUUAAACAGCAAGGAGCUGUGCGGCGAGCGCGUGAUCGUGGAGCACGCCCGGGGCCCGCGCCGCGACCGCGAUGGCUACAGCUACGGAAGCCGCAGUGGUGGAGGUGGCUACAGCAGUCGGAGAACUUCUGGCAGAGACAAAUAUGGACCACCUGUUCGCACAGAAUACAGACUUAUUGUAGAAAAUCUGUCUAGUCGGUGCAGUUGGCAAGACUUAAAGGAUUUCAUGCGGCAAGCAGGAGAAGUGACUUAUGCAGAUGCUCAUAAAGAACGCACAAAUGAGGGUGUAAUUGAAUUUAGAUCCUAUUCUGACAUGAAGCGUGCUUUGGAUAAACUGGACGGCACAGAAAUAAAUGGCAGAAAUAUUAGGCUUAUUGAAGAUAAACCACGAACGAGCCAUAGGCGUUCUUAUUCUGGAAGUAGAUCCAGAUCACGGUCUAGAAGAAGGUCACGGAGUAGGAGUCGCAGGAGCAGCCGCAGUAGAUCUCGAAGUAUCUCAAAAAGUCGCUCCCGAUCUAGGUCGCGGAGCAAAGGUCGAUCCCGAUCCCGCUCAAAAGGCAGGAAAUCCAGAUCAAAGAGCAAAUCUAAGCCUAAGUCUGAUCGGGGUUCCCAUUCACACUCAAGAAGCAGAUCUAAGGAUGAGUAUGGGAAGUCCCGAAGUAGGUCACGUUCUCGGUCCCCCAAAGAAAAUGGAAAAGGAGAUAUAAAGUCAAAAUCCAGAUCCCGGAGCCAGUCUCGAUCCCAUUCACCCCUGCCUGCUCCACCUUCAAAGGCUCGUUCUGUGUCCCCUCCGCCAAAAAGAGCUUCCAGGUCCCGUUCUAGAUCUCGUUCAAGGUCCAGAUCAAGUUCCAGAGAUUAACCCUGAACUCUAUGUUCUUUGCACACUAUAAUGGAACACUUUCCUACUUGCUUAGGCAGUUACUCUUCCAAGUUUGUACUUGGCCUCUUCUUCAAGGGGAUUUCCUGAAAAGGGAACACAGGAAUUUAAUUUGUGGCCAAAUUUAAUGAGAAAAAGAUGAGGUUCUAAAAUGGUGGUAUGAAGCCCUCUCCCUUCUUUGUAGAAUUAAGAUAAUUUUGAUUUUAUAGCCUUUGAGCCUAAAAUAACUUUUGUAAAGAUUAAGCUCAUUUAGAUUUUUUUUUUUUUUUAAUAUUGCAGCAGAAUCUGCUGCAGGGUUCUGUUGUUUUGUUUGCUUAUUUUUAAAUUAACUGUUUCAAAGCUUUGGAUACUGCAGGCUUUAGAGGGAGAACCAAAAUUUUCAAUUAUGUUAGCUUUUUAUAAAGCUCGAGUUAUGUAAGAUUUAAAUAAAAGUUUGCUACCAAGAUGAUUGCCUUAUUGAAUAGGUCACUACUAGGGCCCUAUAAGUGUUGAUACCUGCCAUUUAUGGAGACAAGGCAAGCCUCAGACCAGCAGCAAUAAAUUAAUCAGUUUGAAUAACCUUAUUUUGUGCUGUUAAUCAAAUCUACCAAAGUCUUUUAUCUGCCCCUUUAACAAGUUGAGUUAAAAGUAAAAGGGACUUUGUAGUUAGUGUCACAAGAUUUUUGUCUAAUUAAUAGGUUUUUAAAUGAAUGAAACUAAAGAAUUACAAUUUGAACUCUUCAAGAAGUAGGUCCUAGUACUUGGGAUCUUGUUAUCCUGUGUUCUGGAAGUGGUCAGCGUGAAUAGUGUUAGUAUAUGGUUUGGUGGUCGUUAAUGUUUGAGAAACAGAAAUAUCCUUUCUUUGAUUAGAAAUUUAGUUAUCUUAUUCAAAGUGGAAAAGCACAUGCUGCAUUUUCUGCUUGAAGGAUGAUUAUAUUUUAACAGGUGCUUAGUAGACUAUUGGGUAAGAUACUUGCUGGUUAAAAUUCUUCCCAACGAUCAGUCCCCAUUGUGUUAGUGGGGUAUUUGUGGUUGGCUUGAAAAAACAGUGACAUGGCUAAACUAAAAUGCUUUGUACUUUGUAAGUAAAGCAUUAUAAAUGCUGUGGAAACAAAGUUAAAAUGAAUAGUGCAAACUUGUAGGAAUAACUGGAUUCGCAGUUUCCAUGCAUCCAAAAGCCCAGUUUGUUGAGGCUUACCUUACAACCUUUUCAUUGUUCAGACAUUUUAAAGUCAUUUCAUCCUAAAUACUUAACCUCAGUCUUUAGUCAAGGUGUAGAUGAAUUGGCUCAGGUUUAAUAACCUUCCUCAGCUGUUGCUACAUAACAUAGCAAGGGUUGGAUUAUAAUAGAACAUAGUGUUGUAGGGUUGGUGUGUGGGACUAAAUAAUCAGAAAACAUGCAAUAAAAUGAGGCUGAGUGGAAAAAAUGGAUAUUCAAGGGCCUAGAUAGAUGUCAGUAGCUGGAAAUACCUUGGGAACAGGGAAAGGAGAAUGUUUUCAAGAAAUUUAUUUCUGUUACAAAUCUUAAAGACUAACUUCAGGAUAUAGUGUCAAAUAAAGCUGCUGCUUUAGUCAA